GCGACGCGCGGGCGAAUCGGCGGCUGGGCCUCCGCUGCCCGGUCGGCCGGCGGCCCCCGCCGUCCCCUCCUAGUGUGGCCUGGGGCCCAGCCGUUGGGACCCCGUUUCCCCCGGGUCGGCGACUGGGGGGGGUCCCUGGCCCCGGCGCCUCUCCAUCUUCUCGCCUCCACCCCGUCGGGCCGUGAGCCGUUUCGAAAUUGAGAGCGAACUCACUGUAGGCUCUCACGUGUGCCUGAGGGCCUGGUGCCCGGGGGACCGGCCUCCCCGCCCGGACGUCGCGUCUUGACCGCCCGCUGCCCGCAGCCUCUCUGGUCUGGUCCUUCCCCUCGGCAGGAGAGUCGUCUUCUUCCAAGUUGCCCUUGAUGCAGAGGGAAGCGAUGGCCGAGGGCAGCUGCGGCCGAAAAUCCCGCGAGUGCCCCAGCUGCUCCUCUCCUUCCCGGAGAAACGUGCUCUGUGUCUGCUCCUGCAGAGCAAAGCUGCCAGCCGUGUCCGUGGUGGAAAUGUCCCAGACAUCCAGCAUCGGGAGUGCGGAGCUGACCGCUUCGCCGGAGGGGAGACAAGAAAGACGCGCCAGCAAAGACGCUGCUUCGGCAAACGCCUCGCCCUCAAGAACUUCAGAGGUGGAGAGAAAACCCUCUCAGCCACAGUGGGGUCGGGGCAACGUUCCAGAAGGACGAGUUCCUCACAUACGAACAGACAACGGAGCUGCUGUUGAGGAAGUCUACACCUUCGGAAGAAUAUUGGGACAGGGGAGCUUCGGAAUGGUCAUCGAAGCCAUAAACAAGGAAACAGAGACGAGGUGGGCAAUCAAAAAAGUGAACAAGGAGAAGGCUGGAAGCUCUGCUGUGAAGUUACUUGAACGGGAAGUGAGUAUCCUAAAAAGUGUGAAACACGAACACAUUAUACAACUCGAACAAGUGUUUGAGACGCCUAAGAAAAUGUACCUUGUGAUGGAGCUGUGUGAGGAUGGAGAACUCAAAGACGUGCUGGCCAGGAAAGGCCACUUCUCGGAGAACGAGACGCGGUGGAUCAUCCAGAGUCUGGCGGCGGCCACAGCCUAUCUUCACAGCAAGGAUAUUGUGCACCGGGACCUCAAGCUAGAGAACGUCAUGGUGAAGAGCAGCUUUGUUGACGCUAACAACGAGAUGAACGUGAACAUAAAGGUGACAGAUUUUGGCUUGGCGGUGAGGAAGCAGGGAAGGAGCGAGGCCAUGCUGCAGACCACGUGUGGAACGCCGAUCUACAUGGCCCCCGAAGUUAUCAGCGCCCACGACUACAGCCAGCAGUGUGACAUCUGGAGCAUAGGGGUCAUCAUGUACCUUCUAUUGUGUGGGGAGCCGCCCUUCGUGGCAAGCUCGGAAGAGAAGCUUUUCGAGCUGAUAAGAAAGGGGGAGCUGCGUUUCGAAGCUGCCGUCUGGGAUUCCGUCAGCGACGCCGCGAAAAGCGUUUUGAAGCAACUUAUGAAAGUAGAUCCGGCUCACAGAAUCACAGCUAAGGAACUGCUAGAUAACGAGUGGUUAACGGGCAAUGCACCUUCUUCAGCGAGACCAGCCAAUGUGUUAGAGAUGAUGAAAGAAUGGAAGAAUAACCCAGGAAGCGACGAAGAAAGCACGACGGACCAAGAAAGCAACUGGGCCCAUCAAGAAAAGGGGAGAGAGGACCCGCCCAGUGGAAACGCGCUCGCCGUCAGCCGCUCUUCCGACGAAGAGGAGGGCAAGCAGUCGGCUGCUUGUGACAAGACGCGUUCUGGGCCGGGUAAGAAGGACGACGUGGACGACUCGGAGCUGCGUUCCCUGCGUUCCGUACCCAGCAGACUCCUUCCAGUGGAACUCAAGGGAGAAGCAGAGAAGCCCCCCACGACCUCAAGCCAAGGGGCAUCCCCCAAAGGCAAGGUUAAAUCCGCUGCGCUGCCCAGAACCAAAAAGAAGCUCUGACAGUGCUGCGCGUACAGAAGCAGAGCUGCUCUUUCUGGCGCUGGGAAUGAGGGGUAGGACGGGAGAAGGACUGAGACCAAGCUGAGCUUUUUAGCCCCUUAGCCGUGCGGAGCCUUGCCACGGGUCUGCACCCGUUUCAAACGGAAGCUUCUUUUCUCCAAAGCGGGUUGGUGUUAAAGGCAGCCGCCGACAGGCUCGAAGGCAGGCGCGGCCAAAUGAACGCAAGGUGUUUUGGAGAGUUGUUUAGAGGAGCAGAUGCCCGCAGAGCAAGGCUGUGGGCGCCCCUGCCCAGCUUUACUUCCAGUUCUUACAUUUAGGCACGAUUACUUAUAUGGGAAAGUGAGAGCCAGAUAUGGUAAUGGAGCUUCCAAGUGAUUAUGUGCUCUUUGCACUAGAAGAUUUGUUAGGAAAUUGCUAAUAAACUUGCCGCAGGCGUAACAGCAGGAGUGCUGCAGCUAGUCAUGCAUGUUCUUGUCACUUUAGGUUGCUGUAGAUUAUUUAAGAUGGCUUAUUUUAUUUUAUUUUAUUUUGGCCGUGCGCAUGGCAUGUAGAAGUUCCCAGGUUGGGGAUUGAACCUAUGCCACAGCAGUGACUCAGACGCCAGAUCCUUAACCUGCUGCACCACAAGGGGACUCUUAAAACAACUUAUUUUGAAUGUAGAAAAAAGAGGUUUUUGUAACUGCUUCCCCUUAACUUGCUGCUAAAUUCCCAAUGUAUCAAUGGAAUCAGUAGAAAAAAGUGGUUACCCAUGCACGUUAAUUUUGAUGUGAACAGGAGGUGGCCCUAGUCGGGUUCUAAGCCCCCGAUGCAGACCCUGAGCUUGACCCGCUGCCGCAGAGGUGGGCGCACGUCUCUCGGGAAGGUGCUGAGGCUGGACGGGGUGGAGAGAGCCAUCUCUCCGCUCAGUAUGACAGGGCUCUCCUCCUGGGCGCGUGAUUUUGUGUUCUGGGUCACGGGGUGAAGAAGCAGCUUGCAUCUGCUUUUACCCUUGUCGAGUAGUAACCUGGUUUCAUUCCAGCCCCUUGUGGGAUUGCGCUUUAGGCCCCAUGAUGCCCCCCACCCAGCCAGCUGAGCGGGUGCUGGAUGCAUGUAAAUCCCCUCAGUGGCUGAAGGCAGUGAAUAUCCUUCUUGCAAUGAAUUUGGAAGACCCCCUCGUGCCUCCAGAUGGGUCAGAGAGGGCUCUGACGCGGGUUGCCCUGGCUGGGUAGUUCUGCCGGUGUUUUCCUGGUCCGCUUCCCCGGGGGGGAAUCUGCCAGGUGAGGCAGAGCUAGGUAAGGGGUGAUCUAGACUUCGUUUUACUUUUUAAUUUUUUAUUAUAGUUGAUUUACAGCGUUCUGUCAAUCUCUGCUGUACAGCACAGGGACCCAGUUAUACGUACAUUAUACAUUCUUUUUCUCACGUUAUUCUCCAUCCUGCUCCGUCACAGGGACUGGGUAGCGUUCCCUGUGCUGCACAGCAGGAUCUCAUUGCUUCUCCACUCCCAAUGCCAAAGUUUGCAUCUACCAGCCUCAAACUCCCCGUCCAUCCCACUCCCUCGCCCUCCCUCUUGGCAACCACAAGUCUGUUCUCCAUGUCCACGAGUUUGUUUCUUUUCUGUAGACAGGUUCCUUUGUGCCGGCUAUUGGGUUUCAGAUACAAGUGAUAUCACGUGGUGUUUGUCUUUCUCCUUCUGACUUUACUAAAGCUCAAGUUGACCGCU